CUCAGCUUUCUGGCCCAGCUGGAGCACCCACUGGAAGGAGAGGCCAGGCGGAAGACCCUGGCCCUGCCAUGGCCUCUGCCGUGAGGCCACCCUGGGUCCCCAAGCCUAAGGGUGUCCUGCCGUCACACUACUAUGAGAGCUUUCUAGAGAAGAAGGGGUCCUGUGACCGGGAUUACAAGAAGUUCUGGGCAGGCCUCCAGGGUCUCACCAUCUAUUUCUACAAUAGCAAUCGGGACUUCCAGCACGUGGAGAAGCUCAACCUGGGAGCAUUUGAGAAGCUCACUGAUGAGAUUCCCUGGGGAAGCUCACGUGACCCUGGCACCCACUUCAGCCUGAUUCUGCGGAAUCAGGAGAUCAAGUUCAAGGUAGAGACCUUGGAGUGUCGGGAAAUGUGGAAAGGCUUCAUCUUAACGGUGGUGGAGCUCCGUGUCCCGUCCAACCUGACCCUGCUUCCUGGGCACCUAUACAUGAUGGCUGAAGUCUUGGCCAAAGAGGAGGCGCGCCGUGCACUGGAAAUACCCUCGUGCUUCCUGAAGGUGAGCCGGCUGGAGGCACAACUGCUCCUGGAGCGCUAUCCCGAGUGCGGGAAUCUGCUGCUGCGGCCCAGCGGGGACGGUGCUGACGGCGUGUCGGUCACCACGCGGCAGAUGCACAAUGGGACGCACGUGGUCCGGCAUUACAAGGUGAAGCGGGAGGGCCCCAAGUACGUGAUCGACGUGGAAGAGCCGUUCUCUUGCACCUCCCUGGACGCCGUGGUCAACUAUUUCGUGUCGCACACCAAAAAGGCGCUGGUGCCAUUCCUGUUGGAUGAGGACUACGAGAAGGUGCUAGGCUACGUGGAAGCCGAUAAGGAGAAUGGCGAGAGUGUGUGGGUGGCGCCCUCCGCCCUGGGCCCAGGUCCUGCACCCUGCACAGGUGGCCCCAAGCCGCUGCCACCUGCAUCUGUGCCUGUGUCCAGCCAGGACAAGCUGCCCCUGUUACCCCCACUGCCCCCACUACCGAACCAGGAAGAGAACUACGUGACCCCCAUUGGAGAUGCCCCAGUUGUUGACUACGAGAACCAAGAUGUGGCUUCCUCUAGUCGGCCGGUCAUCAUGAAGCCGAAGAAGUUGCCAAAGGCUCCUGCAAAGCUUCCAAAGCCACCCGUUGGACCCAAGCCAGUAGGGAAGGGGUUUCACCAUGUGGCCCAGGCUGGUAUUGAACUUCUGACCUCAAGGGAUCCACCCACCUCAGCCUCCCAAAGUGCUGGGAUUACCAGCGUAAGCCACCGCACCUGGCCUCAUCUGUCUUCUCUUCCAGAGCUCAGAGUCUUUAAUGGUGGCUUGGCCAGGAAGCUGCCAGCCAGCUCAGCCCAGCCUCUCUUCCCCACAGCUGGGCUGGCGGACAUGACGGCAGAGCUACAGAAGAAGCUGGAGAAGAGGCGGGCACUGGAGCACUGAUUCGGACACGCCGGGGACCAGUGGGCCAGUCCCAGGGCAUGGCCCAGUGGCCAGAUUCUUUCUCCCAGGAUUAAAACUCUGACCCCAGGA